CGCGAAUGUGUUUAAGAACGAGUUAACUUAAAAGUAUGUGGUUUCCCAUCACUUCCGGUUUAUCACCUUAGCAACAGGACUCAUCCGUCGGCCAUAACAGCAGGUUCUCGUUGACAAGUAGGAAAGGAUUUGUAGCCAAAAUGCCGCGACCACGUUCUGCCCGGUCGGACACCAGCGAUGCUGAUAUGGAGGGGCUCCAGGAACAGGAGCUUGUCAAACUCCAGAGACAGUAUCGCCUAAUGGAAGGAGACAGGGCUGCUUACACCGAGGAGUCUCAGAAUAUCAUCAGGAAACAAAAAUCUGAAGUUGCUCAGCUUGAAGCAGAGAAGCAAGAGCUCUUGAAGGAGCUGAGGUUGGCAGAAAGCAGAUUUAACCAGAAUUUAGAUGAAACAAACACAGACACCUUGGUGGUGCUUGCUGAAGCAAAAGAGGAUUAUGACACUGAAAUUAAUGAAGAGAAACAAAUGCAUACCGAAUUAGAUGCCAAAAUUCGUGAAUGGGAGAAAAAAAUAAGGAAUCAGCACAAAAACAUGGGAGGAGUUCAUAUGAGCUCACAGCACACAGUACAGACCCAGAAAACCAUUAGAACACUAGAAAACAGACUUGAUCAAUCCAAGAAGCAGUUUAAUGCUAUUCUGACACAAAAUGCAGUGUACAGAGAAGAAAUUGAGAGUUUGAGAGUGGAGAGAAACAGAUUUGACAACCUGUAUAGAAAACUAGACAAGGAGUUGUCCAACUUGAGAAGAGAGAAGGGUGAACUGAUUGAAAAGUCCACACAGGCUUAUGAUGCCAGGGAUGAGGCCCAGGCCAAGAUGAUUCUUCUGAAGGAGAGGGCAGACAAGGACCAACAGCAGCACAAUGCUGAAAUGAAGGAACUGCUGAGAAUCAUUGAUCAUGACAGGAAUUUGAGAGAGUUCAUGGGGAUCAAAGGUCAGGAGAGAGUGGACGACCCCCAGCUGGUUGCCUGGAGACAGAAAAAGGAGGCUCAAGAGGCCGAGCGUAAGAAGGAAAGUCAGGAAGACUCAGUAGAGACGUAUGAGGCGGCUUUCGAGAGAAUCAAAGAAAUGACGGGAGAAGAGGACCUUGACCUACUGGUGCAGCGAUUCAUUGAAACAGAGGACAAGAACUUUGCAUUGUUCAACUUUGUCAAUGAACAGAAUAAUGAAAUUGAGACCCUGCAUGAACAAAUUGAAGAGAAAAAUAAUGAGAUUGAGAAAUUCAAACUGCAAGGCAUUGAACUUGAGGACCAAAGAAAGAAAAUUCUCAAAGAAUUGGAAGAACAGCAAUUGGUGUGCUCUCAAGAAGCUGAUGAAUAUUCCAAAAAGAAUAAAGAAAUAUAUAAAAUUCUUGAUCAACUCAGAGCAGGUAUUGAUUCAUUGUUCAACAAAAUCAACUGUGAUAGAUCAGCCAUUGAUGACAUGUUGGGUGCCCAGUCAGGCGUGACAGACAGCAACAUGAUACAGUACUUAGGAAUAAUAGAGCAGAGAACUAAUGAAUUAUUAGCAGUACAGAGUUAUGUUAACUCCAAGGACGAGGAUCGUUACCCCCAGAAGCCUCCUAGUCUCAUAGGGGGCGGCCCAGGGGCACCCACUCAACAAUGGCCCAUACAUCCUCCCGGCUUUGGGGACGAGUACGACAGCGAGGGUAGCGAGGCGAGCGAUGACGACGCCCGACCCCUGACCCGGAACGAGCUCCAGAACAAAGUGAUGAAAACGGUCCGGAAACGGGAGUCAGCCGCCAAGAAGGACAGCUACAAGUACGACCUGCCGAACGCGCGCGACAUGCAAAAGAACAAAAAGGACAAAAAGUGAAUAACAUGGAUAUCUAAAGAGGCAGACGAUCAGUGAGAGAAAGUGCUGAAGGAACAGUCAAGUGAUUGUUAGGCUCUGGAAUAGACAGGACUGAGAAACCAGACAGUUUUAAUCAGUUGUAAUGUUUGGCGCUUGAUGCCAAUAAUUUAUUUCUGCAAAUUCUUGUUUUUUGUGUAUUUUUUAAAAAUCAUGUCUAUCAAUGUUCAACUUUAUAUUGAAUAUUUUUGAAUAUUUACACAAUGUAAUGUUUAUGUACGUUGUAUGUACGAAUAAAUCGGUCGUUUUUUCGGAAGCUAA